UCGUACGUCAAAUUAAGUACUUAACUUAUACAUGUUGGAAUAGUUUUUGCUACAACUUGCAAUAUAAUAUUAUUAUUAAUUUGAAUAAUGUAUCUGAAAGAAUAUCAAAGAAUUAAGGCUAAAAGAAAGUAAUCAUACACAUGCUACCUCUCUAUGAACGUCUUAAUGCGCCGAAGCCUGUGUUGCGUAUACCGUUUGGUAAAGUUGCAGCUGCUGUUGUAAGUCUGCCGUUGGGAAGUUUUACUUUUUGCGUAAUUUGGUCACUACUAUUUGAAUUCCGUCGUUCCACAUAUACCCACUGUGAUGUGCCUAACUUUUUACCUUCGAUAUCAGCAGCCAUUGGCAACUAUAAUCCUCAAAGGACGGUUUGGCGUGUGGCGAUUUGCUUACAUCUACCGGCCCGUUUAGCAGUAGCUAAAAUAUAUUGGAAAUAUUAUCAAACUGCUAUACGUAAAAAUAGACGCAUAUUGGGUACAGUAGCAUGUUUACUAAAUGUGAUUGAAAACUUUGCACUCUUAAGUUUAUCAUUGUGGACAUCAUCCGAUAAUUACAAAAUUCAUCGCAAUUCAUUCGUCGCAUUUAUUCUAUGCAGUGAAUUGUAUAUGUUAAUUUCAUACUUUCUUAAUAAGAAUGGUCGACGUGGUCCUCUUAUUCCGAUAGAAGAAAAAGCUCUUAAAUAUAAAAGAAAUUUGUUUAUCACUAAUCUUACAGCGUUUUUAUUAGCCGGCUAUUGUUUUAUGCGACACAAUUCACGUUGUGAGCCUGGAGUUUAUACACUUUUCGCCCUGUUUGAAUAUGUCGUAGUGUGGACUAACAUGGGAUUUCAUAUGACUGCUGUUAUGGACUUUUAUGCCUCGACUGUGAUAUUUGACUGGCAAAAGGGACUCUACCUAUCACAGUUUUAGUCAAUGAAUUAAAUAAGUUGGUUUUAAUGUAUGUUGUAAACUUACUUAAUAAAAUCUAGUUAAAAAUGUA